GGCGAGAGGUGUCUCCUCCACCCGACCGGCGGGAGACCUGAGCAACCUCUGUGACAGCUCGUCGGCCGCCAUGUCAGCGAGCGGGGCUGGAAACAGAUUCGGCGCCCGGCGGUAGCCCUCCUUGCGUCUCCUGUUCCCAGACAUUGAAGGACUUUAAUGAAACUUAAAUGGUUCAACAAAAGAUGUUCUAAUGGAUGACAGCGAAACUCCUGCAUGUAAUCUGCAGAUAGAACCACAAGAUGGAUGUCAUCCUGGUGACGGCGUGGAAAGUAUAGUAACAUGCUUGCCUUCUGCAUCAGAUGAAAAUGAAAAUCAACUUGAUGGGGAUGGGCUUGAGCUUCUGACCAGCAGUGGCAGUGCAAUGGGCAGACCUGAAGUGUUUCGGCAGGACAGUCUGAACAAUAAUGAGAGCUGCACGCCCGGCUGUGAGGCGGCUGCAGGUGAGAGCUCGGAAAACACGGCUCGUGAAAGCCCCAGAGACAGGCAGCCCUUCUCGAGAAAGGACCACAGGCUACCUGGAAGCAGAAGCUCCAGAAGCAAAAGAGGCACUGUAAGGAAGAUACCACAAGGACUUUCUUCAGAAGAUACCACACCUUUAAUGCAAGAAAAUGUACUACAUGUAGCCACACAUGCGGUUAGUGAUGAAGAAUCUGCAGAAGUCAAUGCUAACGAUCAACUAGAAGCCCCAAAGCUGGUUCUGCAGUCUCUGUUCUCACUUAUACGAGGUGAAGUUGAGCAGUUGGAUUCAAGAGCACUUCCCCUUUGCCUUCACCAGAUAGCAGAGUCUUAUUUCCAGGAGGAGGACUAUGAGAAAGCAAUGAAAUUCAUUCAGCUUGAACGACUGUAUCAUGAGCAAUUGCUCGCGAAUCUUUCUGCCAUUCAAGAGCAGUGGGAAACAAAAUGGAAAACUGUACAACCACAUACAGUUACACCUUUGAGGAAUUCAGAAAAAGGAUUUAAUGGUGAAGAUUUUGAACGGCUUGCUAAAUUUUGUGCAACACAUCAAGAUCCUCUUUUGUCCAAAGAUAAGAUAGCAGCUGUCCAGAAGUCUCUGGGAAGGAAAUGCUUUAUGCAGUUAAUAGUGACUGAAGAUCCAAAGGAAAGAGGAGCUACAGCCAAAGAGCUGGAGAGUGAAACUUGUCUUGGCAUGGAAUCAGGAAAAGAGAACCAACGUAAAGAAGAGACCCCGGAGAGCAGUCCCUGCUGUGAUGAGGUGGUCAGGCAGGCAGAUCCCCGGAGCCUCCCGGUAACUGCAGGGAAGGGCCACACGGAGGAGCCACUCUGCAGCACUGAAGCCACACAGGAGCUCCACGCCCAGCCCUCCGAGCCGGCAGGGAGCAGGUCCGGCCCCCACUCCUCAGGGGACGCUCCUGAGGAUGACAGCCGCCUGCAGCUGGCUCAGACAGAGGCCUGCCAAGACGUGGCCGAAACAGAGCACAUUGCUAAAGACCCUAAGGUUUCCAGCCAGUCAGUGACAGAACCAUUGAUUUUACCAGGCUCUGAUCAUAUACCUCCUGCAUUGAUUUCUGAGGGUAAAUACUCACAAAGAAAGGAACUCCGGUUGCCACUCCAGGAUGCUUCUGAGGCGUUGCCCACAGACCAACUUGAGAACAAUGAAUUAAAUGAGCUGCAGCAACCUGAUCUCACACAGCGUGAUGGAAAAUCACCACAGGGGCAGGCUGACUCAGAGGGCUCUGAGAGUGUACUUUGUGAAAAUAAUCCAGUGUCUGAUUUAAGUACAGUGCUUCCAGAGGUGUAUAUGGCCCCAGAGGAACAGGGAGAUAAGGAAGAACAAGUCAGUAAAGAGACAGACGACUAUUUGAACAGCCUUUUAGAAGGAUGCUUAAAAGAUACUGAAGAUUCCCUCUCAUAUGAAGAUAACCAAGAGGAAGACUCUGAUUUGCUUCAAGAUCUUUCUCCUGAGGAAGCAUCCUAUAGCCUACAGGAGAACCUGCCUUCUGAUGAAAGCUGUCUCUCUCUCGAUGAUCUUGCAAAAAGGAUAGAGAUCGCAGAGGUUGUUCCUGCUGAAGGAUUGGUCUCUAUAUUGAAGAAGAGGAAUGAUACUGUAGGAGAUCAUCCUGCCCAGAUGCAACAGAAACCAUCCAAGCGAAGAGUGAGAUUCCAAGAAAUAGACGACAGCUUAGAUCAAGAUGAAGUUGGAGGUGGUUCCUGUAUUUUACUGGUCUUGCUCUGCAUAGUGACGGUUUUGCUUAGUGUGGGAGGAACUGCGUUAUACUGCACUUUUGGGGACAUGGAGUCACCCGUUUGUACAGACUUUGCAGACAACAUGGACUUCUAUUACACUAAGUUACUACAGGGAAUAGCAGAACUUAAACACUGGAUCUACCUCUCCUAGCAAGCAUUCAAGAAGGACAGGCAUGCUGGCAGUGAGAAUCAAAGAGUGAAACUUUCUGAGCAGCUUUUAUUUCAGGAGUUCUGUAACGUGCGCGCCCCCGCCCCUUCCCCACAGAGGAACAACAGACAUCAGAAACAGCAACUGUAAAUGGCAAUCCAGAGGAACUCUUAGAAUAAUCACAUAACGAAGAGAUAUUGAUCUGAGCACUGUGGAUGGAAGGAAUGGUCUUUGGACGGCAUGUCCACCUCCUCCUCGCUGCUUCCUAGUGUAAUGAGCUACACUUUGCAGAACUGGACAGGGCAGUGUUGGAGCCAAACCAUUUUUGGCUACCUUCAAGCUAAUGGUUAAAGGACACUCUUGAUUUACAGUUGUUGGUCCAAAGACGUUGCUUCCAGCCAUCACGCAAUAAGUGUGUGUGUAAUGAAAAGGAGUUUCCUUAUGGGUUCAGUGUCUUUUUUUAGUUCACCUCGGGAGCUAUGUAAUUUAGGCUUUGUGCACUCUUUUCAGAUUCUGUUUUCCACUUGCGAAAUGGUUUUGUGUGUGUGUGUGUGUGUAUUUCAGACAGCUGUCAUAAGCAAAAACCCAACAUAGAAUAACAAAGAUUAUUCUUUCAACAUGACUGUAAAUGUGCCGGCACAAAACUUUCAAGAAGGCUUAACUGUGGAACAGAUGAAUUAUAGAAAUCUUGGCCCUGAAUUGAGAAACUAUGACAGUUACAGUGACAGUUAACUUGGUUAACUAGCCAGAAGUUCAUCACAGGCCUAGAGAUAAAACUGAAUAGCUCCCUCUGAGUCUCAGGCAGCCAGUUUCAUCAUGGAUUCAAUGCUUCCUAUAAUGAAUGCCGGAUUCAGCUCAAUUCAGUAAAGACCUAUUGAGCACCUAUUAUGUUCUGAGAAUCUAAGACCCCUUCUACAAAGAUGAAUAAGAUAUUAUUUCCUGCUCUAGAUGUUUUGAUUCUGGUCUUAAGUAAAAUAAAUUAAUACUUUAGUGAAUGAAAUUAAAUCAUCAUAUAUAAUUCAGUAUUAACAGAUCAGACAUUCAGAUGCUUGAAUGUGCAUUCAUAUCAUGGGCUUGAUUCAGACCUAUUAUGGGGUCAUUAGAUGAAAAUUCAAUCAUAUCUUAAAUAGACAAAUGUCUGAUUUUUAUUUAAAUCUGUCAGUUUUCCUUUUCUAAAGUACAGUGACCUAACAAUUAGGAAGCCUUUCUUUAACUUUUUAAUCUCAUUGAUAGCAUUCUAAAAGAAACAAAACACAUGAAUUAUAGUUUUUUAGCAGUGAUCAUUAUUUCAUGUUUUUCGGUUAGGAUCAUUUGAAAGAAAAAGAGAAUUUUCUUACUAGUUGUUACUGGCUGGUACAGUACAUCCCUUGGUGUUUCAGCUUAUUUAUUUAGACUUAUGAUUUUUAAAGGGCUUUUUAUAGAAGUUGAAAUUGUGUCAUUUAGCACACAUUUGGUUAUACCUGAUAUUUAAUUACUGUAUACUUAGUGUUUUGAUUUUCUAUAAUUUCAACCCAGUGUGUUUUUAGGCUUAUUUUUAAAUUGAUGUUUUAUUUUUACCUAUAAUACUGUUUGACUUGUCUCUAUCAUGCCACCAUAAACUAUAAUAUUUUCAAGGAUUAUAGAUCAAAGAUAUUUAUUUAGAAGUGUACAAGAUACUGAAAUCUAGAUUCCUUAUACUUAAGGCUGAUUUUAUUAGAAGAUUAUUUUAAUGUUCUAUUAUAAAUUUUAAGAAUUUGUAUUCAACUUAUAUGUAAAUAUAUAAAAUGUUGAUGGUACUAUCUUAUGUGGUUCUGUAAGAGACAUUCACAAAGUCUACUGUGUGGGUAUCCCCUACAUAGACGAACCUUCUGUUUUACCCUCAUGAUCUAUAGUUACAGAAAUUUGGCAAUGCUGAUUUCUGCCGCUUUUAUGUCAAGAUAAGUCAAAAUUUCCUUCCUGUUCCUUUUUUUGAUCACUAUUGAAGUUCUAAAUAAUCUGUAGUGUUACAUUGGCCACCAGGGCCAUUACUUCUGAAACUGAAGAUCUCCUAGGCACCUUCACACAGAGGUGAAAGAUCUGAGAUGACACUGUGGUCCUCUGGAGUUCAGUUGUAUCUCAGAAAAACCAUGUGUGUCCUCACUGCUUCCCAUGGAGAGUGAGGUGAGCUCAAGAGCAUACUGAUGUCUUGAUUUAAAAUAGGCAUGAAAUCUCACCUAGAAAAACUAGGGCAACUUUUAAAAAUGUAAUGGUCAUUUAUUGCAUGAAUUGGAGUAAUUCCAUCUGGUGAUGAGAGAAUUGUUAUCUCUCACAUAAGGAAUUCAUCCAGUUUUACUAUCAUGUAAUUUUUUCUGUCAUUGGAAAGUACUGACAACGAUUUGUAACUAAUCUUCCUUAAAAACUGUAUUUGGGGGUAACAGAUCAAGCUUGUAAUUUAAAAUCUACACCAACAAAA